UGGACACGCGUUGCGCCCGCGCGCGGCGAAGGCGAGUUUUCCUCCGCAAAGCUACAUGGAGUGCGCGCCGCCCUCAUUUUCUUCUCCCGCGGCCUUUGGAGAGAGAGAGAGAGGCGACACCCUUCUUCCUCCCCCAACCCUUUCACCCGCCCAAACUCAUCCAUCCAUCGAUCGCCCUACCUAGCUACUCUCGAUCGAUCGACCGCCCGCCCGCCAUGGACGUGGAGUACGACGUGAUCGUGCUCGGGACGGGGCUCAAGGAGUGCAUCCUCAGCGGCCUCCUCUCCGUCGAUCGCCUCAAGGUGCUGCAUAUGGACAGGAAUGAUUACUACGGUGGAGACUCCACAUCGCUCAACCUGAAUCAGCUAUGGAAAAGGUUCAAAGGUGAAGGUACUCCCCCGGCGCAAAUUGGGGCUAGCAGAGACUACAAUGUAGACAUGAUUCCAAAGUUUAUGAUGGCAAAUGGUACAUUGGUCCGUGUACUUAUCCACACUGGUGUUACCAAGUACUUAUCAUUCAAAGCUGUUGAUGGAAGCUAUGUCUUCAAUAAGGGAAAGAUCCACAAGGUUCCCUCUACUGAUAUGGAAGCUCUCAAGUCUCCAUUGAUGGGAUUGUUCGAGAAGCGCAGAGCAGGGAAGUUCUUCCUUUUUGUCCAAGAUUACAAGGAAAAUGAUCCAAGUACCCACAAGGGAUAUGACCUUAACAAAAUGACCACCAAGGAGCUUAUCUCAAAAUAUGGUUUGGAUGAUAAUACAAUAGACUUUAUUGGCCAUGCAGUGGCUCUUCAUAAAGAGGAUAACUACCUGACAGAACCUGCAAUUGACACUGUAAAGCGGAUGAAGCUUUAUGCAGAAUCAGUGGGUCGUUUUCAAGGAGGAUCACCAUAUAUUUAUCCCUUGUAUGGCUUAGGAGAGCUGCCACAGGGUUUUGCAAGGCUUAGUGCUGUCUAUGGUGGGACAUACAUGUUAAAUAAGCCAGAGUGCAAGAUAGAAUUUAAUGAUGAAGGAAAAGUUUGUGGUGUUACGUCAGAAGGGGAGACUGCAAAAUGUAAGAAGGUUGUCUGUGAUCCAUCAUACAUACCUGAUAAGGUUAGAAAAGUUGGAAAAGUUUUUCGGGCAAUCGCUAUCAUGAGCCAUCCAAUCCCAAAUACUGCAGAUUCUCACUCUGUACAGAUCAUAAUACCACAAAAGCAACUUGGACGCAAAUCAGACAUGUAUGUUUUCUGUUGUUCCUACUCUCACAAUGUUGCAUCAAAAGGGAAGUUCAUCGCGUUCGUGUCAGCACAAGCAGAGAGUGAAAAUCCAGCGGCGGAAUUGAAACCAGGGAUAGACCUUCUUGGGCCAGUGGAUGAACUAUUUAUUGAUACAUACGACAGAUUUGAACCUACUAAUGACCCAUCUUCAGACAAUUGUUUCAUCUCAACAAGUUAUGAUGCCACAACACACUUUGAGUCUACUGUGAUGGAUGUUCUUUCCAUCUAUACAAAGAUCACCGGAAAGACGGUUGAUCUCAGUGUGGAUUUAAGUGCUGCGAGUGCUGCUGAAGAUGAUCUCUAAUAGUUAUUGGACUGUCCUUUGGUGCACAGAGGAAAAGAUUUGUGCGUUGUUUUUCCAUUCAUAUUAGGUUUAUAUAUGAUUUUUUUUCUUUUAUUCCAAACUAUAGUGGCUGAGUUUUAUUAAUAAUUUGAUAAUGCUGUAUAUUCUAGGUUCAUAGCAAUUUAGCCUGUGAGUAAACAGCUGUUUUUGUUGUUCAGUUUACUUAAUUUCACCUUUAAAUGUUGUGGAUAGUGCUAAUGAACACCGAACUGGUACCUCCAAUUAUUUUGAAGAAUACCUUGUAAGAUUUCUAUAAAAUAUCUUUGCAAAACAUGUUUUGAGAUGCAAA